UUCCCUGGAGACCAAUCAGAGUCUUCUGCAAGGUCUGCUGACACAGACAGGAAGUAGCUCACAGGCCAAUCAGGAAACAGUCCAGUACAUCAAGAAGAAGAUCAGUGAGGAUGUGUCUCCAGAGAAAAGCAUCAAUCUGUUCCACUGUCUGAAUGAACUGAACGAUGGUUCUCUGGUGGAGGAGAUCCAACAGGCCCUGAGAUCAGGACGUCUCUCCACAGAUGAACUGUCUCCUGCUCAGUGGUCAGCUCUGGUCUUCAUCUUACUGUCAUCAGAAGAAGAUCUGGAGGUGUUUGACCUGAAGAAAUACUCUGCUUCAGAGAAGGCUCUUCUGAGGCUGAUGCCGGUGGUCAAAGCCUCCAACAAAGCUCUGCUGAGUGGCUGUAAACUCUCAAAGAGAAGCUGUGGAGCUCUGUCCUCAGUCCUCAGCUCCCGGUGCUCCAGUCUGAGAGAACUGGAUCUGAGUACCAACAGGCUGCAGGACUCAGGAGUGAAGCUCCUCUCUGCUGGACUGGAGAGUCCACAUUGUAGACUGGAGACUCUGAGUCUGUCACACUGUUGGAUCAGAGAGGAAGGCUGUUCUUCUCUGGGAUCAGCUCUGAAGUCAAACCCCUCCAGUCUCAGAGAACUGGAUCUGAGUGACAACCAGCUGCAGGAUUCAGGAGUGAAGCUGCUGACUGGUUUUCUGGAGAGUCCACGUUGUAGCCUGGAGACUCUGAGACUGUCACACUGUAGGAUCACAGAGGAAGGCUGUUCUUCUCUGGGAUCAGCUCUGAAGUCAAACCCCUCCAGUCUCAGAGAACUGGAUCUGACAGGAAACCAGCUGCAGGAUUCAGGAGUGAAGCUGCUGACUGGUUUUCUGGAGAGUCCACAUUGUAGACUGGAGACUCUGAGAUGGAAGUGAUCAGCUGAGUGCUGAUGAUCCAGAGAGCAUCUGGAGACUGGCAGUGCUCCACCACCUCCCCCUGGAUUAGAUGUAGUCUACACACAGCAGAACACCUUCAAGACCAAAGUCUGACCCCUCUCCCAUCUACAGACAUUGGCUCUGCAAAAAGGGAAGAAACCUUCAGGAGAGCAACAGAGGAGGAUCCCUCUCCAGGAUGGACAGAACAAUAGACGUCAUGUGUACAGAAGGAAUCAUUACACACAAAUUAAAACACAAUCAAUGAGUAUGA